UUGGCGGACGGAUACUCUGGAGAAAGGCAGCGAGGCGGCCUUCUUGGGCGGGCUCUCGUAACGGGGAGUCGCCGCGACACGGAGCAAAAUGUCGGAGCCGGAGCAGGGCUGCACCGUCAACGGCUCCACCUUCCAUCGGCUUUUAUGACCCGCGGUCAAGCCGCUGUUUACAUGUAUUUAUUAAUUGCUUCUGUGAAGUUAACUUAUUAAAAGUUUUUUCUUUCUUCGAUGGAAAGAUGGAUGUUACUCCUCCUUAGUGCCUACAGAAAAGAUUUUGCACCCUGUGACCCAGAUGAAGGGAGAUGGGAAGGAGACCUGGUCCAAACUUGGUCAGUGCUACUUUGUACCUAAUCCCAGCUGUCUAAAUCUUUGACAGUCCACUAGCGUUAUGCUAGUCAACCAUUAGCACUGAAACAGAAUUCAGACCAACUUUCAGAAUGCCUGUGCAAGCAUCACAGUGGACAGAAUUCCUCUCCUGUCCCAUCUGCUUCAAUGAAUUUGAUGAAAAUGUACACAAACCCAUCAGUUUAGGCUGUGGGCAUACUGUCUGCAAAACUUGCCUGAACAAACUACAUCGCAAGGCAUGUCCCUUUGACCAGACCGCCAUCAACACAGACAUCGAUGUUCUUCCCGUGAAUUUUGCACUUCUGCAGUUAGUUGGCGCACAGGUCCCAGACCAGCAGACUGUGAACCUGAGUAACUUGGCUGAAAAUAAACAUUACGAGGUUGCAAAGAAGUGUGUGGAGGAGCUGGCACUCUACUUGAAACCUCUUAGUGGAGGAAAGGGUGUUGCAAGUCUAAAUCAGAGUGCACUGAGCAGACCGAUGCAGCGAAAACUGGUUACCUUGGUUAACUGUCAGUUGGUGGAGGAGGAAGGGCGUGUACGAGCAAUGCGAGCAGCAAGAUCUCUUGGGGAACGAACGGUUACUGAACUCAUUCUGCAGCAUCAGAAUCCCCAGCAGUUAUCAGCCAAUUUGUGGGCUGCAGUCCGGGCCAGAGGUUGCCAGUUUUUGGGACCAGCUAUGCAGGAAGAAGCGCUUAAACUGGUCUUGCUUGCAUUGGAAGAUGGGUCAGCACUCUCUAGGAAAGUGCUGGUUCUCUUUGUUGUUCAGAGGCUGGAACCACGAUUUCCUCAGGCAUCCAAAACCAGUAUCGGUCAUGUCGUACAACUCCUGUACCGUGCUUCAUGUUUCAAGGUUACAAAAAGGGAUGAAGAUUCUUCUCUAAUGCAACUGAAAGAAGAGUUUCGUACUUAUGAAGCUUUACGCAGGGAGCAUGAUGCACAGAUUGUUCAUAUUGCCAUGGAGGCAGGACUUCGAAUUUCCCCUGAACAAUGGUCUUCCCUUUUGUAUGGAGACUUGGCACACAAAUCACACAUGCAGUCCAUCAUUGAUAAGCUCCAGUCUCCCGAAUCUUUUGCAAAGAGUGUGCAGGAAUUGACUAUUGUCCUGCAACGGACAACAGAUCCAGCUAAUCUGAACAGACUACGAUCUCAUCUUGAACUCUUAGCAAAUAUAGAUCCAAAUCCUGAUGCUGCAGCUCCAACGUGGGAACAACUAGAAAAUUCAAUGGUAGCUGUAAAGACUGUUGUUCACGGGCUUGUGGAUUUCAUCCAGAAUUUUAGUAAAAAGGGCCAUGAAGCACCACAACCACAGCCAAACAGCAAGUAUAAAACCAGCAUGUGCCGAGAUCUUCGACAACAAGGAGGUUGUCCUCGUGGUGCCAAUUGUACCUUUGCUCACUCCCAAGAGGAGCUGGAAAAGUAUCGGAUGCGGAAUAAGAAGAUUAAUGCUACAGUCAGGCCCUUCCCUCUAUCACAAGCACUUCAGAGCAAAGUUGGAAUUGCCAAUAUAGUCACAACGUCUGCAGGAAAUGUAGUCUCUGUAACAGGAUCCACUGAAACCACUGUGAAAAUGGUGCAGGCAACUAAUGGGGUAAUUAACCCAGAAAGUACCACGCCACAACUAAUACCACGAUGUGCAGAUACCUCAGCUUCUUUGGAGAAUGCUAAGAAAGUCGGACAAAACUGUCUGAGCACACCUGGGUCACUAUCUGGUUCACCGACAGAAAAUAAAAUUGGUUCACCUCCCAAGACGAUUCUCAACCAGGUGCUCCCUACUUCAGCAGUAAUGUCAUCACAUAUUGGACCAGAUGCGACUUCCUUAUCUUCUGCAAAAUCUAUGUCAAGAGUGUCAGUGUACCCAUCUCAGCAACCUGACUUGUAUUAUCAGGAUCCCAGAGCAACGGUUCCCUUUGAGCUGCCUGCUUACCAACAACCAGGAGGAUGUUAUCCUCCACAUACUGGUCUACCAUCUGGUGUGUCUCCUUGCCUUCCUCGUUACGUGCGUCCCAACAGUAUGCCAGAAUCUCCUCUUCCACCCACGGUGCCAUAUACUGACCAGUACAAUGCAUAUCCACCUCGAGAACGAAUAGCAUCUUCACCUUACCCGUCAACACAUCCCCAACAGUAUGGCUCAGUUCCUGCAGUCCCUUCUGGAAUGUAUGCACCAGUCUAUGAUAGCAGACGCAUGUGGAGGCCACAGAUGUACCCACGGGAUGAUGUCAUGCGGAGUAACUCUUUACCUCCAAUGGAUGUGGUACCUUCAGCAACUUAUCAGCAUCCUCCACGAGAAAGAUACAGCUCACUUGAUGGAUGUUACUCUAUGGCUGGGCAGCCAUCAAAUGAACAGAGGAGUGUCGCCAUGCAAAGGGAUGCAUACAGUCGGUUACAACAUCCAGGCUUUGAAGACUUGUUAAGACGGAAACCAGACCAAUGGACACAAUAUUCCACUCAGAAACCACAACUUGUCUCCUCCUCUUUGUCUACAGUAGCCCAGCCCUCUGCUCCUCCAUCCCCCUUGUUCAGUGUGGACUUCAGCUCAGAGUUUUCUGAGAAUACUAAUGACUUGUGUGCGGGCACUAAGUUUGAUGAUGACAGCAUGUCACAUUACUCGCCAUGGUCUUGUGGGACUAUCAGCUCUUGCAUUAGUGCAAUGGAAUCUGAUCCAAAGGAUGUCAUGGCAACUACCAAUGUAGAGAUAUUGGACCUUAAUGUGAAACGAAGUUUAAAUUUGUUUGGCCCUCAGAGAAAGGGAAAAGAUGAAGAUCCCAUAAUUCCAUUUGGUGAUGGACCAAUCAUCUCUAAAUGGGGUGCGAUAUCUCGGUCUGCCCGCACAGGUUAUAACAACACAGACCCAGUCCAGGCUACAGCUUCCCAAGGAAGUGCUACAAAACCAAUUAGUGUAACAGACUAUAGUCCACAUGUGAGUCAUGCCAAUUCCAGUAGUUGGACUUCCCAUUCUCUUUCAUAUGGAUCGAAUUCAACCACCGGUCAAUACCUAAACAGGGACAGAUUGAUGGACAUAUCUGCCCCUAGGCAACUUCCUAAUGGUGGAGAUCAAUUAAAUAUUGAACUACAACAGAGGGAAUUUACAGAAGUUUCUACAGAUGAUCAAGAUAUAGAAUUGGAGCUCUCUGCUUUGGAUACUGAUGCCGACCAAGAUGAAGGAAUAGAGGAUGUUCUGGUUAUUGGCUCUCAAGGUGAUCUGGCCGAUGACAUAAUAUCCGAAAAUGUACAUCAUAAACACCAAGGUAAAGAGCAGGAAGAACAGGGGCGCAGGAUUGCACAACAGAUUGCGAUCAAAGAGGAACAAAAGAUGAUGCCCAUGACAUCUGGCUUUAACCAGCCCAUCACAGCCUCAGUCAGCUUCAUCAGCUCCCCAGCUGUGACUUCUUCCUUCAACAUCAGUAAUUUGGCCCUGAAAACAUCUGCAGUCAAGCUGACAGAAGAUGCAAAAGAUAUGAAUGUCACAACUAAUGGCGAGGCUGUAGUCAACGGGAGCUGAAGGGAAUCUGUGUUUACAGCAACACAGAAGCAAUUAGUUUUGCUUUCUAUAUAAUAUAAUGUAUUACACAUUUCUGUGUGCAUAUAUUAUAUUAUGCUUUUUAUAAGAAUAAUGUGAGGGCAUCAAAUUCCUGUGGACUUUUUUGAUACUAUAAAAGCCCUCUUGCAUUAACCAUUUUGACAGUAAAAUUAACAUUAGUCAGACACUAGUUUAAAUUCCAGUGAAUCUUGGAAUUUGGACAUCAUUUGAAUUAAUGCUUUAAAGCAGCCUUUUAUGAGUCUGUUGUGAGCCAGUGCAUUAAUCUAGCCAUUCUUAUUCACAAUGGCUAAUGUGGAACAUACACAGCUCAGUUGUUGAUCAGCAGGGCACUGCAGCAACACACCUGGUGAAAACUAACCACGAUUUUACCUCCUCUUCUCUUUCAUUUAUAUAUUUUUUGUGUACAAUUCACACAAAGUUGAAAGAAGGUAAUAGCUUGGAAAAAAGUAUUUUCAAGCUGUUAUAGUAAGACUUAGUUUCAUGGCAUUGUUGCACUUUUAUAAGAAACUUGUUUGUUAAAAUGGUGGAAGGGGAAUACUUUUCACCUUUUUUUAAAUGCAUAAUUAGAGUUUCAAAAUAUAGUUUCCAACAAAUUCCAUGGGUUAUAAUGUUAACAAAAGAUUGACCUGAGAAAUGUCUCUUAAGUGUUUAGCUUAAUUGGGCUGGUGUAGCUGAAACGAAGUGUUGUUGUCAUGGGCUCCAUGGCCCAUUGCGGUUAGUGCAAUCCUAUUACAGCUCGGGGCAUUGGAGUUCAAAGUUCAAUUCCAGCAUCGUUGGUAAGGAGUUUGAAUGUGUGGGUUUCCUCUGGCUGCCCUGAUUUCCUUAGGGGUUAGAAGCUUAAUUGGUCAUUGUAAGUUGACCUGCGAUUAGACUAGGGAUAAAUAGGUGGGUUGCUGAGCAGCAUGGCUUGAAGUGCAGGAAGGGCCUGUUCCAUGCUGUCUCUCUAAAUAAAUAACUAUAACAUCAACAAAAGAUUAACCCCAGAAAGGUCUCUUAGGUGUUUAACUUCAAGUGUUUGUUAAAAUUGGGGAGAUAUUGCUGAAACUAAGUACUGUUGUCACAUUAUUUGAACAGUCAAGUUGUGCCUUAGAAUGAAGCUGGAGAUGCGGUCGGAUGGGCCAUCAGCUACCCACAGGUUAAUGAUUAAACCGCUAAGGCUGGAAAAACUCAAGUCAACUAUCAUGUAUGAGAGAGAAAGAGUGAACUUCUUAGUUCACCAAGCUAUCUCGUUACUCUUUCCAUUGAUGCCAACUAUCUUGAGUAUUUCCAGCAGGUUUAGUUUUAUAGCAUCUGCCACAUGUUUAGUAGCAAAAAUGCUUUCAUCUCCUUUUCCUAAUGAUUCACACUAAUUGAUAAAAGUAAGAAUUCAGUCAUUUUACACUUAAAAGCUUUUCUUGAUGCUUGUAGAAUGGGAAAAUCUCCAUCAAUGCUGGGAAAAGAAGUAUUAGGAUUUAUAUCCCUAUAAACCAUGUUAAAUGUUGUAAGGUGCACAGUCACUAGAUACAGAUCCCGAAAGGUGAGUGAUGGAACCACCAUCUCUGCCUUCUACCCAAAGCACACCAAAGACAAGAUUGCAAAUAAUUCCCAGAUCAUUAACUUCACCCUCAUUCCUCAAUUUGUAGAGAUUCUGAUUAUUGAAUUCAUCAAUAACUAAUACCCAGAUACUGACAUUCUCUUGUAAUAUCAGUCAUGACCUUAGAGCUGCUUGAUUUAUCCUACUGGGAUACUGACUGCAGCUCGCCAGAGACCUAUGUUCUGGGCCAGUUUUUCAACUCGUCCCCAGGUGUAGCCCAUCUUGGUAUCAGCUUCAAGGUCACAUUGCCAUCUGUUCUUUGACUGGCCCCCUUAGAAGUUUGAUCAGCCCAGUGGUUUCCACAGACUUGUGGCUUUCACCACCUGACUUCAUACAUCUUCUAGGUGGAUAUCCUUCCUAUCCCAGGGAUGAGGUCUUUGGAGCUUCUGUUGGCGUUUCUGUAGCUCUGGGUGUUUAACGUGUUGGGGUUGCUAGUCCCAUGCCAAGCCCUCCUAUCGCAGCUGGGCUUGGGACCAUCUAUGGCGGAGUUAGCUGCUUGUUUGCCAAUGCUAAAUUUGUCUUUAUAAUUGGUUUACAUAAGUACAAUAAUGAUGUUGCUAUAGAUCAUUGUUGUAUUUGUAUUUUUUAAUUGUUUUACAGAAAAUCAUUUUGUUUUCCCACCACUGUAUUUGCUGCGUUUAGAACAGGGUGAAAACUGUAUUUUGGAACUCCUGCAUUGUGUGGUGUUUGCACUGAAUGAUAGACCAGUUCAACUGGCCUCUUUUCUGCCCUAUUUAAUCUAAGAACUUCUAAUGGCUUUUGUGUACUUGCUUUAUAAUGGAUGAAUAUUAUAUGUCGCUACAGAGUCUAAAAGUACUGUAAAAAAAAAUUAAGCAAUCCAAAGUCAUGCCUCACACAAUCCAGUUAAAACGAGUAUCUGUAAUUUGAUCAAAAGAAGUAAAUGCCAAAAAUGGCAAUAUUUUCAUUUGAAUAUGAUAUCUGUAAUAAUCAUGAUGGUUUGUUUAAUCUUGGCCAUAAUUUAUCUCUUACCACUUCAUUGAGUCACUGGAUUCUGGGAGGCUGUUCGAUUUAGAGCUGGGCACUGACAGUGCAAGUAUUUUAAAAUUGUUUACAAAAAUCUGCAUCUGUGAGGUUUAAGAAGUUAAGGGCAUUAUGUUUGUUUUAACUUCCUAACUUUUACUUAUGUUGUAUACACAUUUCUGACAAACUGAGGUGAAGCAGCAAAGCUCUCUGGCUCUCCUUCAUUCAUUCAGCAAACUAAUCUCAUUGUAAAUUUGUUUUCCAAUUCAUUAAGGACUUAAAUUGGCUUUGUUUACAUAACUAAAACCAGCAUCUUUUUUGGAGGGAGUACCAAGAGCAUUUGUUGCGAAAAGGUGAUUAAAUGUUUAAUCUUGGCUUUUUGUUUUAAACAGUUGUAUUGAUUUUCUAGUCUGUUCAUCUUGUUGAUUUUAAAAUGUGUGUUCUGCAUCAGACCAUUGCAAAUUAAAUAGUAAGUGUGUGUUAGUAAUUCCCAUGCUUAAAAUAUCAGUUGUUUUGUAUAAGUUCUUUCCCACAGGUUUGCUAUUUGCCUGAUUGAAAAGUGCCCUCCAGCCUCUCUCUCUUUCUGACCUACUGUUUUGAUUUUACAUUGAGGUUUUAUAUUGUUGAUGACUUCUGUGAAGUUGAUUGUUCUGCAAAUCAUACUGGGAUGUUUUAAACCAAGCGUGCUUUUCACCAGGUAGCUGCAAAGGAAGUGUUCUGCUGGGAAAUAACUUCUGCGAGAUCAUGUUAUUGGUCAGUUGAGUUGUCACAAUACCACAACAAAGUGUCCAUUUUUAAAAAUAGUUUUGUGCACUUCCCUGAGGGUUGACUUUAUUUCAUAAGAGUGAUGAGACAGAUUGCUGCAUGAUGUUACGAUUCCAUUAGGCAGCACCAUGAAAUCUCUUCCUAUUUAUAAUAGGAUUUAUAUAGGUUUUUGUAAUGAAGAAGUGAUAUUGUCCAUUUAGAAUCUUUGUGUGGGCCUUCAUACUCGGUAUUCUAUACUGAAGCUUAGAUAUUGGGAUCUAUGCACCUAUUUUAGUCUAAAGUAUCAGCUUUUGUUUUGUUUUAGCCCACCGGUCAGGACAAGCAAAAGUUUUAAAAUCUGGAUGCUGGCAUGAUAGCCAACAGUAAGCAGUCUAAAACAACUAUAAACCAUUUUACAAACUCUCCUCCAAUGCAGUCACUGAAUUCUCAACCAAAGCUGCUCCUAACUCUGUAAAUUCUGAGUGAGCCAAAACAUGCACCAUGUCUUUAGCAGAUGGUCUCAGUCAUUAACAUAAGUAGCAUAGGGACAAUAUUUAAUGUAAAUUUUAUGUAAAAAAAACAAUGUUUUCAAGUGAUGUGUUGUACUUCCAUCUAAAGUUUCCAGUUUUAAUUUAGCUGUCCAAUUGUAGUAUCAGUAAACUCAGACUUUGAAGGUAUCCAUCAUUCAACUAGUCAGUGAUCACCGGAGUUGCACACUUUACUGAUUAUUGCUUUUGGAUGUUAAAUAUAAAUGACAGUUGGUUUGUUAUUGUAACAGAUGAAUGGCUAAUUGAGCAAGCUAUUUUUCAUGAAUAGUAACAUUUAACUCUGUGUGAGGCUUUCUUGCUGAAAGGACUGAAGACAGGUCUCGGUAAUGAGCAAUAAGGACCAAGUUCCAAAUCACUGAUAAACUAAAGACUCGGCGUGGUUGAAAUGUGCUUUGUUAUCCUUGCCCAAAUCACUUGAUGGACACCUUCAUGGAGAAAUGAACCAGCCUUGGUUUACAGUUUACAGUAAAUUGUACAUUGGAUCCUGCUGCAGUACUUAUUUAUUGCCCCUAGGUGGCAGAGAAUGAAUUGGAAAUUGCUGCUUUUAUCCCUCUAAUGGUAGAAAACUAGUCCUGUCUUAAGUUAAAAUUUCACCAGCACGGCAACCAACCCCAUAACUAGCCAAUUCUUUUUGAGAGUUCACCCACCAACAACCUUAUCCUCUCCAAUACACCAUUACCACAGCCACCACAAGGCAAAUAGUGUUUGAAAUCAGAGACUAAACACCUGGAUCACUUCUCAAUUUGUGCUAAUCCUGAGGUUUUCUCACAUGUUGUUCUAAUGUAGGAGCCCAGGAUUAUCUGAUUAGCAUUUCUAAAAAGAUUACAGCCCUCAGGGAAAUAACCCUCCUGCUACAAAACUACAAUUAACAUCUACUGUACCUUGAGGGUGAAUAAAAUGAAUUAGUACUUUUGAUUUUAAAGUUGAAUAUGUUUUUU